UUGAGCGUCCCUGGCCGCACAAGCCGCACGACCACAACACCGUGCAGAGAUGGCAGCGCUGUCAUCCCCUCUACGAGUCUGCCGAGGAAUACUGAAAGAACUACGUGCCAUCCAAGGUCCAGAUUAUAAACGGUCACUGGCUUACAACUAUAUAAUGGAACAGUUUCGGAAGAAUAAGGUAACAGGAGAAAGGUACUGCCGAGCCCAGCAUGAGUCAAACCACGACUCGCACACAUACCUGUGUUUGCUGGCAUCCACCCGGACCCACAUGGCCCUGCACGAGCUGUACCACAGCAAAGGGGAGCACAGCACCAAGUCAGCGGCUGCCAUGGUGGGCCUCAGGUUGCCCACUCAGCCAGGAGGUAAAGGCUGGGAGAAGUGAGGACACCGGAGAGAGAGCGCCACUUUGGAAGAAACACCUGACACUGUCCCUCUGUGGCCGAUUGGUCUCGUCUCACACAGUUCCUCUCAUGACAAGCGACGCAUGUUUGACUGUAGUCUGGCCCAUUGGAGGGAACCUCGACUUAAUCUUGUUGUGUUCGUCUACCAGUGUUCAAUACGAGGAUAAUCCGAUGGGACCAUAUUUGAAGCAACUGUGAAAAUGUAUACUAUGAUUGCAAUAAAUCUCUUGUUUAGCUGUAAAUCUA